ACGAGUUUUGGUAAUGCAUAUCGGGAGCUUGAUGAGUAUGAAUAUAGGAAAUGGGAAGAGGAGUUUUUGGAGGCCCAAAACUUCUGUAGAUGCUAAUCGAGAUACAUCAGUGGAUGCACUUGCCAAUAAGAUUGAAAAGGACUUGGUUCUUCUUGGUGCUACAGCUGUUGAGGACAAACUACAAAAGGGGGUUCCAGAGUGUAUUGACAAGCUUGCGAAGGCUGGGAUAAGAAUAUGGGUCCUAACUGGUGAUAAAGUAGAAACUGGAAUAAAUAUUGGGUAUGCAUGCAGUCUAUUAAGACAAGACAUGAAACAGAUCCUGAUCACCCUAGAUUUACCACAUAUUGAAGCCUUGGAGAAACAAAGAGAUAAGGAGGCCAUAGUGAAGGCUUCUCUUGGAAGUGUGAAAAAGCAGAUAAUGGAUGGAAAAUCCCAAGUUAACACAGAAGGGGGUCCAAUCCAAUUUGGUUUGAUUAUUGAUGGCAAGUCCUUGGAUUUUGCUUUGGGCAAGGAGCUAGAUAAAGAGUUUUUGGAGCUUGCACUCAGUUGUUCGUCUGUUAUAUGUUGCCGCACUUCACCCAAACAGAAAGCACUUGUUACAAGAAUGGUGAAAUCGAGAAAAGCUACAACACUAGCAAUUGGUGAUGGGGCAAACGAUGUCGGCAUGCUUCAAGAGGCUGAUAUUGGAGUUGGCAUCAGCGGUGUUGAAGGGAUGCAGGUCAUACAUGCAUGCGCACAUACAUUACACACAGACACAGACACAGACACAUCCACAUCCACACACACACUGAACACCAACGCACAAACACACAUGUUACUGAUGGAGAAGGGAUGCAUGUCAGUUGAACACUUAAAUAGUAAUAUCUUAAACACUUUUUACAUUUUUAUAUUUAUAUCAAAUUGCAUUCACUUUUACCUGUAUCAAUGUGUACUUGAAACUAUCGCAAAGUAUCAAAUUACACAUUCUAUUAAAGAAGUUAACAUCAAUUUUCCUUUUUCUACACAGAAAUAGAAACUAGUACGAAUUUUUAAUAAAAAAAUUAACAACAUCCUCCAUCUCUCUCUC